AUGGACUACGUGCCUGGAACAUUUAUGGCAAACCAAACCAGAGUGCAUGAGUUUAUCCUCUUGGGCUUCCCUGGUAGUCAGUAUUUGCAGACCUUCCUCUUUGUGAUGUUUUCCAUGAUGGGAAACAUGGCCAUCAUAAUCCUAGUGAGAACAUGCUGCCACCUGCAAACUCCCAUGAAUUUCUUCCUCUGCAACCUCUCCUUCCUGGAGAUAUGGUACACCACAGCCUGUGUUCCCAAGACACUUGCAAUCUUCCUGGGGACAAGCAGAAUCAUCUCCUUUACUGGCUGCAUCACACAGAUGUACUUCAUUCUAUCCUUUGGCUGCACAGAAUGUUUCCUCUUAUCUGUCAUGGCCUAUGACCGCUAUCUGGCCAUUUGCUACCCAUUGCGCUAUAGCUUCAUCAUGAACAGCACCUUGUCUGCUUGGAUGGCCCUCUGCUGUUGGGUGUCUGGUUUCCUAGCUAUUUGUGUGCCGGCAUAUCUCAUAACCAGAUUGUCCUUCUGCAGCCCCAAUGUGAUCAAUCAUUUCUAUUGUGACCUAGAUUCUUGGAUAGUUCUCUCCUGCACAGACAAACACCUCCUUCAACUGGUGGCUUUCAUCACCUCCUUCAUUGUCCUCCUGGGCACCUGUAUCAUAACCCUGAUCUCCUACAUUUAUAUCAUCUCCACAAUACUGAGAAUACCAUCAGCACAAGGACGGCAAAAGGCCUUUUCGACUUGCUCUGCUCAUCUCACUCUUGUGAUUAUCUGGUACGGCUCCACCAUUUUCCUGUAUGUCAAGCCUUCUGUACAGAACACCCUGGAUCAAAACAAAAUAGUCAACACCUUAAACACAAUUGUAAUUCUGUUGUUAAACUCUUUCAUUUACACUCUACGAAACAAAGAGGUGAAGAAAGCCUUGGAAAAGGCACUCACUGGGAUGUAA